AUGGCCCUCCGCGCGGAGUCACCCGACUCCAAGCCGCCUGUCCUGGGCUCAGAAUUCGGCACAACCCCCGACACCAAGCCUGAAGCGCGUUACGAUGUCGUCGGCAUCUGGUGGCUCACUUGGUGCGGUGCCUGGACACUCAUCCUGGCCUGGGGCAUGAUCUUCCUCUACCGAAAGCGUCAUACUCCUCCGAUCCGUCUGCGCAGUUUGUCACUAACCUUCGCCGGUAUCAUUCUGCUCCAUCUGUACUGGGUCUCGGUGAUGAUCGCGUACACGUACGGCCCGCUGGCUCCAGAGAUCGCUGAGUAUUGGGUAAUGGGGAUCUGGUAUCCGUUUGGGAUUGCGCUAUUCCAGGCGAGUAAUAGUCAGUUUUUGCAUGUGGCGAAGGCACAAAGUCGGUUUGCAAAACCGAUGAAGAUAUCUGAGAAGUUGGAUGAGAAGAGGGAAGAGGAGAGGAAGGGAUGGUUUUCGAGCUUGCGGGGGAUGGAAUAUCCGAAAAGGAUGUUUUUGUUUGUGACGAUGGGGAUGGGCGUUCAGCUUGUCGUUGUGGUAAUAAUCUACCUCAUCUCGCGCAAGUUCCAUCCCGAGUUUGGCAUCCCGGGCACCGAAGUGUACGGCAGCACGCCGCAGGAGAUUGCCAUGAAGCAGGGUCGCAGCUGGGAAUGGUGGCCAUCCAUCGUCUGGCAGUUCAUAUGGGCGUGGAUCUACGCCCCCAUCAUUCUCUGGAAGUCACGCGGCAUCCGCGACACCCAUGGGUGGCAGCACCAGACCGUUGCCUGCUGCAUUGCCGGCCUACCAGCCGCCCCGAUGUGGCUCAUUGCCCUUUAUGUUCCUGGCAUGGCUCCAGUGAACCGCUACUUUGUCCCUCCUCAAUGGAUCGCCACCUCGGUCUGGUUUCUCGAAAUUUUCACCAUCUUUGUCCCCUGCUGGCAAGUGCGCAAACACGAGCGCCUGCGCCACGCCUCUCUCGAAUCCAUCGCCAACUGGGAGACCAAAAAGCAAUACAUCAGCUCCCGCAAGAGCAGCACAACCGAGUCAACCUGCAUCCCUCCCUUAAGCCCGACCUCCACGAAAGUCGCCGAGGGAGGACAGCAAACGGGUCCCGAUGCAUGGAAAAAACUUCCCUCCGUCGAAUCUGGCGAUAAGGAAACUAAACACCUCAGCUUCGACAGCCUUGGGCUCAAUCUCCCAGACGAAAGCAUUCUAACCAUGGCCGCCCUAGAAAAAGUCCUCGACCAAAACCCCGAACCACUCCGCGAGUUCUCCGCGCGCCGCGACUUCUCCGGCGAAAACAUUGCCUUCCUAACUGCGGUCUCAGAAUGGAAAGCUUCUCUCCCGAAACAAUUUGUCGACAAGCGGUAUGAAAUCAGCCCCGAGGUGUUGCGUCAGGUGUAUACCAAGGCGUUGCGGAUCUACACCGAGUUUAUCUCUCCCAAGGAUGCAGAAUUCCCGAUUAAUAUUGCCUGGGCGGACUUGAGAAAGCUGCAGGGCAUUUUUGAGCGUGCGGCGCAUGCCAUGGCCGGCGAAAAGAAAUCGUUUGUUGAUGCGGCGACACCGUUUGCGGAGGAUGAUUGGAAACCUUCUGCGAGGACGGCUGUUACGCCUGUUGCCAACCGGAACUGGAAGGACUCGGAGUCUCUCAUCCUCCCUCAGAGGGGCAACUUAAACAAGUCCGAAGCAGUUGGCGAUGUGAUUGCUCUCGGUUCGCCACAGGGUAACUCAGGGGAGUCUCUCUACCAAGGCGAUAUCCCUCAAGCAUUCGACGCAAAUGUGUUUGAUGCAGCCCAAGCGAGUAUCAAGUAUCUGGUUCUGACAAAUACCUGGCCGAAGUAUGUGAGGGAGAGGAGAAACUCGGAGAGUUCGUCACGCAGUGGGGGUAGCAGUAAUGGGAGUGGAGCAACUGAAAACGGAGAGAGGGGGAGACGACGAUUUAGGGGAUUCGGGUUAGGGUUUCUGAGGGGCCGGGGGGAGAUUGCGGCGCAUUGA